GGGAGAGGGCGGGAAGCGGCGGUGGGAGCGGGCAGGAGACGGGCCGGGACCCGCCAUGCGAGAGACCCCGACAGCCCCAGGCAACUGUGCAUUCAUGAAUUACUGCUAUGAGAUAACAUCUAGAUGAUCAGAUUCUGAACGGGUUACUUCAACGAACACUUUUGUUUGAAGAUAAAGGGCAGCGAUCCACUGCUAGUAAUUCAUACUAUAUUUUAUGUUUGUGUAAGACCCUGAUGAAUAAAUGUAAUGCAAACUCAAAGAGAAUUUAUAUGAUUGUUUUGAGUGUGACUGGAUGAUCACCCACAGAAAUAGACAGGAGACUCAACAUAGCACUGCUGGAACUUAAUAUGUGGUUCUGUCCCAUGCUUCAAAAAUUAGAAUCAUAAGGUUGGAAAAGACCUCCAAGAUCAUCUGAUCCAACUGUCCCCCUACCACCAACAUUACCUACUAAACCUUGUUCUAAGUACCACAUCCGGCCAUUUCUUAAACACGCCCAGGGACAGUGAUUCCACCACCUCUCUGGGCAACCCAUUCCAGUGCCUAAGUACUUCUUUCUGAGAAGAAAUUUCUCCUAACUUCCAACCUGAGAAAUUAGAAAGCCUUCAUCAAAUUUCUUGUACACAUUUGUAUGAAAACUUUAACCUUCCUGAAUAAGUGGAUCAAACUGUUUAACAGAAGACCUAGUUAUAGACAGGUGACCAGAGGUGGACUUAAAUUUUAUAGCACUUUAACCUAAGGUGGAACUCUCCAACAACAGGGAUAAAAACCUAAAGCAAGACAAAAUGCAUUACUUUGUAACAAUGAGGUUCCCUAACAUUACUGUGAGUUGUCUUGGCUCUCACCAGUCCCCCAAAUGCUAGAGCUUGUAUAAUACACAUCUUCAUUCUGUAGUGGUCUUGGUCUUAACACAGAUUGACUCCAUAUGUGCUGAAAUAUCAUGGAAGGUAUUGGACAUAACUUCUGACUACUUAUUAAUUUUUUCUUCUUCUCUGCUAAUUCUCUAAAUAUUUGUUAUGUGAGUUAAAGUAGUUACCGUUCCAUUGUUUUGAGAAGCAAAGACUGGAUGGUUAACUGUAGAGAGAAUGUUUGUGAUUUAUUUUUUAGUUUGUUUUGUUUUUAUUUAGAGCAUACAGUGGAUGUGUCCAUAGCUAAUUUGCCUUUUAGAGUACUUCUCUGCUUCAGUUUAAUGUGAAUUUCCUCACCCUAAAAGAAGAGAUUAGUAAGACACUUCAACUUGGAAGAAACUGUUUUUAAAAAAAAAAAACAAAACUUGAGGAUUUCUUCUUUGCCAGGCUCAUCAGAAAUACUUCAAGCAUAAAUCACAUUGUCUUGAAAGAGCUACUGGCUUGCCAGUAUUGGUGAAUAAUCAAGUACUAUUAUGGUACAGUACCCUGCUGAACAAUAAUCUGCUUAACUCUACUGGAAUUGGAAUCUGGGUCUGCUAGCUUUAUUCUGCAUGCAAACAUAAUAAAAACUUUUUGUGUGGGGGGAAUAUAUUUCGAAGAUGAUUUUCUAGAUAAUGAAAUUGGGGAUUUAUAUGAAUAAGUAAGAUCAUUCUUCCUCUAAUCAUUACUCAUCAGUAAAACAUUGCCAGUGGUGCCUGCCUCUCUUACUUGUAAUACCCAGAUUUUUCCUCAGGUCUUAUCUCCCCUAAUCUGUGCAAGAAAGUUGGUGUGCCCUGGUACUAACCCUACCAAAAUUACUACAGUCUCAGUCCAGUUCCUGCUAUGGUACUGCUACACGCAAACGUGGUGUUCAUUGACAAAUUCCUUCAUCUAGAAAUGUUUGAGAGUUUAGCCAAAAGCAAAAGACGGGUUCCCUUCUGUCAGAGGCUGCUGCUGUGUAAAAUUCUUGUUACUUUACACUUUCUACAGAAGUUUUCAGGAUCCCAGGAAGCAUUUGUUUUCAGAGGAAGAAACUGACGUUGCAACAAGAGCGUGCUGUAGAUUCUUCUUUUUUAAGAACAGCGGGGUGUCCUCUGCUUUUUGGGCUACACUUGAUGUGUUUGCUUUCAAAGCGAUACCGUAUGUUCCUGUGUUCACUACACUGACAAGCAACCUCGCAAACCUUCAAUUCCAUCAUCCUUUCCAUUCCCUACCAGGAUUUGUGCGGUUUAUUCUCCUGAAAAUGGUAAUAGUAAAAUUCUCUGCUUCCUAAGAGGAAGUUGAAACAGUUCUCGGAACAAGGCUGUAGAAUUGCUUAUAGAUACACAUGCCCAUGGAUUUGGGAAGGAGUCCUCGAGGGGUCCCUUCCAACUUGGGAUAUUCUAUGAUUCCAUAGAGAGAGUUAGAAUUUCCAACAGUUAUGAUGUGCAAGUACUGCCAAGCAUCCCUUUUCUCUCAGUGACCCCAUCUUCCUGUCUCUCAUGCUUUCCCUAGUAUGUGUUUACAGUACCUUUGCAAUGUGUGGUCAUCUCCUAGGGGGUGUGAAUUCAUCUAGACGUGCCAAGAUGCCUUGAUCAAAAGAAUGAAAUUGUGGGCUUUUUUUUUUUUUUUCACAGUAAGACGUAAAGUACCCAUCGUCUUUCUACUUAAGGGCUCCUAUCCCUAUCCCAUUCCUUCUGUCUGUACUAGUGCUUGUGGUGACUAUAUUUUAAUGUUUUGUCUGGGACUACGUUGUUUUCCAUUUCACUGAAUAAAGAGCCCUUAGGGAAGUACAGGGCAAGGAGAAAGGCCACUGGCUAAAUAUGACAAACUGUUUCUGUACAUUCUAUACAUAAAAAAAAGGAAUAACUUCUGAUGGAAUUUGGGUGAGGCUUGAUUAGGAUCUGGUUCCUGAGAUCAGAGAUCUGUAAAGAUGUAGGAAUGACAAAUUAUCACUGCUGGGGACUGGUCUUACAGUUUGUACAUAGCUCUCAACCUAGGUAACAGCUCUCCGUGUUGUUUCAGGUCAACAAAAACCCUUCAAAUGAGCAAAGAAAAGCUCAGUCAGGAACGUUGCACCUGUGUAUAGUGCAUAAAUCCCACAAGUCAAAGGUAGUGGCCUAUGUGGGGUUAGUAAAGAAACCUGAUGCCCUGUCAAACAACAGUGAUGUUGACAAAUAUGUAUCCUUAUUGCCGAGAAUGCAGUCUUCCCAAUGGAGUGGAUGCAAGCUAGGAACUUGGACAGUGGUUCUCUGUGCAGCAUGGAGGGAUGCUCAGAAUACCAAGGUUAAUCUUCCAGUUUAAUUGCUCCAUCAUUCACUUGAGCAUGUAACAUAAGACACAAAUAGAAAAAAAAUCUGCUAGUAUGUUGUGAUACAUUGGACAUGCUUCCUGCAUCAGAAGUCAAUGGAUGAUGUUGAGAUCUGUUUGUCCAAUUGGAAAAGCAGAUUCCAUUUUACAUCAGUAGAAAUGGACAGCAGCAGUUUCAUUCAGUUUGAUGUGCCUGAGUACAGCAACACUGUUCUGAGCCAGUUAAACGAACUCCGCUUGCAAGGAAAGCUGUGUGACAUAAUUGUGCAUAUUCAGGGUCAGCCAUUUCGAGCCCAUAAAGCUGUCUUAGCUGCCAGUUCUCCAUAUUUCCGUGACCAUUCAGCAUUAAGCACCAUGAGUGGCUUAUCUAUAUCAGUUAUUAAAAAUCCCAAUGUUUUUGAACAAUUGCUUUCAUUUUGUUACACUGGAAGGAUGUCCUUACAACUGAAGGAUGUUGUUAGUUUUCUAACUGCAGCUAGCUUUCUACAGAUGCAGUGCGUCAUUGAUAAGUGCACACAGAUACUGGAGAGUAUUCAUUCAAAGAUCAGUGUUGGUGAUGUUGACUCUGUCACUGUUGGUGCUGAAGAAAAUUCAGAAAAUCGCAAUGGAGUUAAAGAUGGCAGCUAUUUUGCCAACCCCAUUGAAAUAUCUCCCCCCUAUUGCUCUCAGGUGCGACAGUCAACAGCAAGCAGCGAUCUUAGGAUGGAAACUACUCCAGGCAAAACUCUGCGUAGUCGACUGCAAGAAGAAGGGCAUUCAGAUCGAGGAAGCAGCGGGAGUAUUUCUGAAUAUGAAAUUCAGAUUGAAGGUGAUCAUGAGCAAGGAGACCUGAUAGUAAGGGAAAGUCAGAUUGCAGAGGUGAAAGUUAAAAUGGAAAAGUCUGACAGGCCAAGUUGCUCUGAUAGCUCUUCCCUUGGUGAUGAUGGAUAUCAUACUGAAAUGGUGGAUGGAGAGCAAGUGGUAGCAGUAAAUGUUGGUUCCUAUGGGUCUGUCUUGCAACACGUUUAUUCAUUUACCCAUGCCUCAUCACAGGCUGCAGGUGUGUCUGAAACUUUUGGAAGCCUGAGCAAUUCAAGUCCCUCAAGGUCAAUGCUGAGCUGUUUCAGAGGGGGUCGUGCACGCCAAAAACGGGUAUCCACUGGUCAUUUACAUAGUGAUGUUCAGGGCUUGGUGCAAGGGGCUGACAGUGAUUCUAUGGUGAGUAACACAGGAUACGAAAAUAGUCCACGGGAAAGAAAUACAAGAGGUCAUUGGUAUCCAUACAAUGAGAGGCUGAUUUGUAUUUACUGUGGCAAGUCUUUCAACCAGAAAGGGAGCCUCGAUCGGCACAUGCGAUUGCACAUGGGAAUAACUCCUUUUGUGUGCAAAUUUUGUGGGAAGAAAUAUACCCGCAAGGACCAACUUGAGUAUCAUAUUCGCGGUCAUACAGAUGAUAAGCCCUUUCGCUGUGAGGUCUGUGGAAAAUGUUUUCCUUUCCAGGGUACACUAAACCAGCAUUUGCGAAAGAAUCACCCUGGAGUAACAGAAGUAAGAAACAGGGUAGAGUCUCCAGACAGAACAGAAGCUUUUGUGGAACAGAAAAUAGAUAAUGAUGCUUCGGCUUCUGAAGCUAUGGAUUCUAGUAUGGAAAUUCAUGCAAUGUCUAGCACAUCUGAUUAAAAUAUUACAUUCUAAGUGCAACACAAACAAGCACAUUAAUAAUGUAUUUUUAAAAUCUUUUAUUCUUUUAGUAAUCUUCAUUACAAGUAUAACAGCCUUUUAAUUUUCCUGACCUUCUGGAAAUCAGUGUGAAAUGGUUUCUGAAAAAGACUACAUAAGUAUUAUUUGCUUCUGUAGGAGGUUGGGCUGUUUUUUUGUGUUUGUUUGUUUGUUUUUCCACUUUUGAAGAUGCUCAAAAUAUAAAAAACAGUGUGCUGGGGAAUGGAUGGGAAGAGUCUGCUAAGGUGUCCCUACUGGUUGAUCUGGUAAGACACAAAUUCCAGUGGAGAAAGAUAUUAAAAUAAGAUUGGCAGCUCUGCUGGAUACACCAAGAAGCUGUAGUCUCGCUUAUUUCUUAAAUCCUGUUGCUGAUAAAGAGGGUUACACAGCAGUGGGGAGAGAGAAUAUUAUAUAUUUGAUUCCUUCCAUGUGUUCCAAUGAAUUGUGCUUGUUUUUCCAACUGUUUUUGGUAGUUAGUCUGUUUAUAUAUAUAAAUUUGCUUUAUAUAUAUGAAACGCUUUCACUUUCCCUAUUCUGGUUGAAGUGAAUGUAAAAGUAUGUCAAGGUUUAUACCACGUACCAUUCUUUCAACUACUAGCUCUCCUCUCUGCCUAGGAUUUAGGACUUCAGACUUUGGGAGGAUGCUUUUGUUUUUAGAAGAAUGUUUGGUUUUCAUCUUAUUAAACUAUUACUUUGUGUGCAGAAGUGAGCAAAGUGAAUUACCUUGUUUUAAUUGCUUUGCUUUAUAACAUUUGUAAACCAAAUGCCAUAAAUCUAUUAAAUUAUGGUUAAAUUGUUAAGGGGUUUUGUUAGUUGUCUAGAACAUAAACUGGACAACCUGUGGUGCUGACCUUUUUAUAUAUAUAGAGAUAGAUAUAUAUCUAUAUAUAUAUUAAAAAAAAAAAAAAAAGGAAAACUAAUAGCAAACCCAGAAGUAGCAUUGUGGUUUUAAAUGUGUUUUUACUGGCCUCAGAAUCUACCUUCAUUUCGUACUGUAGAAGUAUACCAGGUAACUAAAUUUAACUUUAUCACUCUUCAUGGUUGGUUGAUACUAACCUGAGAGGUAUCUUGUAGUUUAAACUACAGUAUUUCCAAGCAGUGUUUUAACAGGUCUCUUCACAGAGAGCUGUUUUCAGGUGCACAUUGACUUCCUACUUACAGCUCCAAGUGAUAUGUUAGCACUUGGAAUUUGUACUUUUUUGUAUUAAAAAAAAAACAAAACACAAAUACUCUAUGGGAACUUCAAGCAAUAUGUCUGUUAUUUCAUGUGCAAGUAUUACAGAGUUGCUGUGGCUUCCCUAUUAUCUUCAGUGGUUGUUUUCUGUAUAAAGGAACUACCAACAACUUUAAAAAUACUCUAAAUAUUGUUGUUUCACCAAAUGUUUUUUUUUAUUAUGGUGCUAACUUCAUCAUUUAGGUCAGUAUAAUAUAUUAAAAUGUGAAAACUAAUGGUAAACAUUAAGCAAAAUAGAAAAAAGAAAUAAAAAAAAAAUAAACAAUAGUUUCAGACCUCAAAAGCAUGAGCUGGCAAACACUACUGUGUAAAUUCUACCUGAUAAGCAAAAUUAAAUUAACCACAUGCAUCUUUAAAAUACAUGCUUUAUAUAAUUGGGCCUUAUGCUUUAUUUAGCAAAUAUUGAAAAUCCAUCUGUGAACAUGUUGUCUGAGUCCUGGAAUUUAGAAAAUAUAGUCUCAUUCUUAAGUUACAGGAAAGCAAAAAGAUAGGUUUGAUAUCUUGUAAUGCUUUUUGGGCUCCUGUGAAGUUGGGGCAUAUUUGUGUAGUAGUAGCUUUAUUGAAUACACUAGUUCUUAAUAUUGUGACAGUCUGCAAUAAGAUUUUUAUUAAAUACCAACUUACAGUAAAAAUCCACCAGCUCCUUUGGAGCAGCUUCAGUUGAAUUGAGUACAUAAUUUGCCUCUUUGUCCUAAAACUGCCUAAAUAAAGAGGUGCAGGGAGGUGAGAUGAUGUUUCUCUCCUUGAACCAAUAGAACUGUUAUUUUCAGUAAGGGAAAUUGUAUGUCUGUGUCUAUGGGAGGUAGUCUGUAUGUUUACCCACUUAAAAACAGGUUGGUGUUUCUGAUACUGUUUUUUCUCAUGUUUGCUUUAAGUAAUUAAAUUUUUUAAAAAAUGUGUUUUGACAAAUUAAGUUUGAGACAUGUAAAAUCCAAGAAAUGUACAGUUAUUCUUAACCCUUUAUCUUGGACCUGUGCUGUGGUGCCUUUGGUGUGACUUUUUUUAUGGAAGUAUGAGUUGAAGAUAGCAGGAUAUGGGCACUAAUUUUAUAUUUCUUGAAUUUCUGUGUCACAAUCUUAACAUUAUUUAAAUCUAGUUCUUUGUAAAUUUAUUGAACUGGUUUGAGUUUACCAAAGAGUGACUUAUCCAAACUUGUCUCUGACAAA